AUGAUGCGCAGGAUGGCACCCGUGGUGGCGCCGGGAAAGGCGGCGAUCCAUUUUGGCGGUUUUCGUGCGAGGCAGAGGAGAUUCUGUGAUGGCGGUUUUGGGGGCAAGUUUGGCGAUCAUGAGAGGGCCGCAAUGUUUGUCGGGCGCCAAGGGGAGGGGAGGGUUGGGGUUAAUGAGAGAGCAGCGAUGUUUGGCGGUCGCGAGGGGCAGGGGAGAAUCGGCUAUCGCGGAAAAGUGGGGAGGUUUUGUGAUCGGGGCAGGGCGAGUGGGGGAAUGAUGGGAUCUGCUUAUGCUGGCGGGGCGGCGGGAGCGGGAGGGGUGCGGACGAGCGGGAGCGGGGCCGGGUCCAGGCUGUGGAGGUGGCUGUCUACAGUGCUCCCUUUCCUGCGAAGCUGGCAGCUGAUGGGACGCUGCUUCCUGACACUGGCCAUGCUGGCGGUGGUGCGAAUCCAGUACUUUAUGCCUCUGAGGGGCCUGACGCCAUUGGACCUGCCCGAGGACAUGCGGAUGAUGUCCCCAGAGCAGACCCUCCUCGCCAACAUGUUCCUUGCCGGUGACAGUGUGCCCAUCAACAUCGCCAUGCUCGGCAUCACGCCCAUCGUCGUGUCCAGCCUCUUCAUCUCCAUCAUGCUGGCAACGCCCCUGGGGGAUGCCAUCCCGUUCUUCAGGCAGAUGCGAGCGCAGCAGAAGACAGGUGCCCUUGGCGUGGAGGGGGUUGAACGCACAGUCUUCAUCUUGGCCCUCAUGGUUGGAAGCUGGCAGGCCUUGACCAACGCCUUCAUGCUGCGGCCCUAUGCUGCCAGUCAGCCGCACUUCAUGGCGAAGACUGUGGUCGACCUGCUGGCCGCCCUGGCAGUCACGCGGCACGCCUGCAGCAUGAUUCAGGACCAGGGCCUGGGGGAGGGCACAGGAUUCCUCAUCUUGGGCCUCACGCUCUCAGGCUUCGCCUCACGCCUGUACGAGCUGGGGACACGCAUGGCCACAGAGGGCUGCGUGGCAUGGCAGCUGGGUGUGGCGGCCUGUGCCUAUUUAGUCAUCGUCGCUGCCUGUGUGUGGCUGAACAAGGCGGAGAUGAGGCUGCCCCUGGUGGACUACAGCAUGCGCAGGAUGAAGGCAGCAUUGCUGUCAGACAAUUUCCGCAGCCCUGGUGGCAGAUUGACAGAAUCUGGUGCAUCGGGGCUCGAUGCCAGAAACUACCUUCCGCUGCCCCUCAGCCAAGGAGGUGUCACGUCGCUGUUUGUCUUCUCUGGAGUCUUCAGUUUCAUUGAUGCCUACUUGGUAAAAUCAACAGCCCUGCCCUGGCUGGUGGGCUCCUGGGCCUUCCGCAUUGGGGUCUUUGGACUGGGCAUCUUCCUCAUCACCCUCGUUCCCUUGGGCACAUCGUCUGCAGAGCGGGUCUCUGAGUUCCUGGGCAGGUUGGAAGCCGGUGUGAAAGGGGUCAUCCCCGGGGAGCCCACAGUGAGGCACCUGCAGCUCAAGAUGUUCCAGGGCAGGUUUUGGGGCGGCCUCAUCUUUUCUCUGGUGGCCAUGGCAAGCCUGUGGCUCGACUGGCAGAGCUCUGCCUGGUUUGGCAAGUCCAUCGGCACCCUCAACCUCAUCUUGCUCGUGGCGGUCAUCAGCUCGGCGGCGCGGCAGGUGGAGUCGCUACUGGAGGGCCCCAAGCUGCAGCGAAUCAUGGAACGGGAGCAGGCCGUCAUGAGCGCAAUACGGCAGACGUGA